CUCAAAUUUAUUUCAAUGGAAAAUUCGCCUUCGUCGAGAGCUGAUGUCGAACGCAAACGCUAAAAUAAAGAAAUAAUUUUCGCUAAAAGUGCAAAAGUGAAAAAAAUAAUAAAAAUUAUCAUUUCAAACGAAGUUAAACGAACCCUGUGGACGAGAAAAUAGCAAAGAAAAAAAAACGAUACUUUUACAGCGCAUACAACUCACACUAGUUGUGCAAAUUUCUCAAGCAGAACUAAAACUGUAGUUGUUCUAGAAUAAUCUUUUGAAUAUUCAGUCAAAUAAUUAGCAAAUAUAAAAUUUAACUACUUCAGCGCAUGAAUAGGUAAAUUCGAGGCUGCAUUUUUGAAGAAACGCAGCAUUAGUCGCAUAUACAUAUAUGUAGGAGCUCCCACUGCACCAAAGUUGGUCUGUUAGCGAGGGGUGAAUUACAUAAGCGCGGUAGGAAGAAGUGAUUUUUCGACAAUCUCUUGUGUAAUAAAAAACUUCCUCGGAAGCGUAAAGGCGAGCAAAAAACGCAAAUAAAGGACUCAAAGAGCUUGUCGCGGGCGGCACCCCCGUCCUCUGAAAAUCGUGUAACCUCGUCGCACGUUGCGCCCCUUUGUACACUCGUACGCUCCAAUCAUACACAUCCAUAGUGGUGGUCAUACGCUAUACUCCCGGUUCGGUGCGCAAUAUACAUAUGUACAUAUAGACAGCAGUAGAAGCGACGACGAGCGCCGUGUGUGUGGAGUACAUAUAGUAGUACGCCUUUUAGUUGCCAUAUUUACGCGACCUGCAGCUGCCAGAGUCAUCGUAACCAGUCGGCUGAUCCCCGCGUGAAGCAGCGCAAUUUCACUAUACCCAGCAGCUAAAGCGAACUUUUGCGGGAACGUUUUUUAAAAACUUGUCGUUGUCGUGGACGUCGUUUUAGUUGUUGACUUUUAAUCACCCGUUUGCCGGUGCUGCUAAUAAACCUAUUGUGUUGCUAUUUGAAUAGAUUUGCUUUUCCCAUAUUUCAUCGCAAUUUGUGUACGUAGAGGAGUGUUAUAAAACCGGCAAGCAGUAGCCGGUAAAAUAUUGUUUUCUCUAUUUAAUUGUGUACAUUGAAAUUUUAAUUGUACAUUUUAAAGAGUGCGGAAAGCGGUCUAGUCCGAUUAUGUCCCAGAAUCAACGUGACACUCUCAUACAUUUGGUCGCUGGCGGAACUGCUGGUACAGUUGGUGCUGUUGUGACUUGUCCCUUGGAAGUGGUUAAAACACGCCAACAGAGUUCAACUUCUUUUAUCGCGCCGACACGUCUCGAACCGGCAAGCUCCACAAAUGGCUCCAGCGAAUUGUUACGACCCGAACAGCGACGUAAAUUGAGCACGACAAUUUUGCGUAAGAGGUCACAGCCACAGAUAAUGGCUAUCUCACAUUGCGGCAUCUCAUCCACCUCCACAAAAUCAAUGAGCAUCGUGCAGUGUUUAAGACACAUAGUACAAAAUGAAGGCCCACGCGCUUUAUUCAAAGGUCUGGGACCGAAUCUUAUUGGUGUGGCACCUUCACGAGCGAUAUAUUUUUGCACCUACUCACAAACAAAGAAUUUUUUAAAUAGUGUAAGUUUCCUGCAAACCGAAUCACCGCAAGUGCACAUAUUAAGUGCUGCCAGCGCUGGUUUCGUCUCGUCCUCACUAACAAAUCCCAUUUGGUUUGUUAAGACGCGCCUGCAGCUAGACUACAAUUCCAAAGUGCAAAUGACCGUGCGUCAAUGCAUAAAUCGGGUGUACUCGCAAGGUGGCAUAGCUGGUUUCUACAAAGGCAUCACCGCCAGUUACUUUGGCAUAUGUGAGACAAUGGUGCACUUUGUCAUUUACGAGUUUAUCAAAUCGAAAUUGAUUGAAAUGCACAACACACGUAACGGUGAUGCCAAAUCAUCGAAAGAUUUUCUGGAAUUUAUGAUGGCUGGUGCCAUUUCAAAGACUGUAGCAUCUUGCAUUGCAUAUCCGCAUGAAGUGGCGCGUACAAGACUGCGGGAAGAGGGUAAUAAAUAUAAUAAAUUUUUCCAAACGUUACACACCGUCUGGAAGGAGGAAGGGCGGGCUGGACUAUAUAGAGGCUUAGCGACACAACUGGUGCGGCAAAUACCUAACACAGCUAUAAUGAUGGCCACCUAUGAAGCGGUCGUGUAUGUGCUAACGCGACGAUUUAAUAAUAAAAGCAAUGAAUUCUACGACUUUUAGAUUUGUUUUCAAUUGCGGCUUAGUUGCAAUGAAAUCGAACAAAUUGCGUGAUUAAAUCCACACGGGGAGUGGUACAAGUGCAAUGAGUAGUGCGUGCACGCAUGCAUCGCUGCAUGCUUACUAUAGUGGUCUGUGAGGGUGUGUGUGUGUGUGCACUGCUGACCACGUGUGGGUGUGUAUGUGUAUAGGACAGAGGCGUCACGAUGUUUUUUUUUCAAACCGCAUUUAGUUGCAAAGUUACUAUGCAACUUUGUAGCUAAAGAACAAAAAAAAAAUAAAAAUAAUAUAGCUAUUUUAAUUUAUUGAAGCGUGUUUUUAGGCGCUUAAGAGUAGUUGGCACGAGUGAAAACUGCAAAACGUUGAAGCUGAAAACAGCUGUACCUACAACGAAUUGACUAACUGUAUUAGAAUAGUUAAAAAAAAUUCCAGCAGCUACAUUUCAAGAUGCAGUUUGUUUGAUUGAUUGCUAUAUGAAAAAAGUUUUUGCGCGCAAAUUUUAUUAAGAAAAAAUUAUAAAUUUUUUAUUGCUGCUAUCAGAAGCAACCAGUUAAAAAGUUAACUACUUUUAAGAGGCAAGACCCUUAUACAUAAAUAUACUUAUGCAUACAAGCAUAGAUACAAUCACUGGAGUACUGUAUUCCAUUUAGGAAGACGGAAAAAAGCGCAAUGGCUUGCGUAAAUAAGUAGAUUUGUUUCUUCAUUUUUUGCUUAGUUGUAAACA